CCUCCCAGGGAUUUUAAUUCCUUCUCCCCCACUGACUAAAUUCCUCAGCAGCUCAGCUGUGACCCGGCAGAGUAAUCUCCCUUGUAAUCGCUCUCCAGAGUCUCCCGGGCUUUGCUUUCCGGCCGUCUUGUUGCGCAUCGAGUCUCUGUCUCAUCUCCACUUCUGAUUUCGUUUCACGCGGGCCCCCUCCAUAGCCUGGGGGGCUGGAGAGGAGCAGGGGGAGCGAAGGGUUAAAGGGCACCCGGCCCUCCGGAGUGGGAGUGAAGGUCACCGGCGAAAUGAGUUUCCGUGGCCUCGGCUGGAGAUGUGGAUGCAGGCGGCAGGUUAUUUGGUGGUGACCCUAAGCACCACUGCUCACAGCCAGGCUCAGUCCAUGCCGGCAGGGCCGGGCCCCGCCCUCAGCACCACAUCUCUUCCCAGCUAAGCCGUGCCCUUCGUUUGUCUUUGCAGCUGAUGGCUGAGGAUGGCGGGGUCGUGGGCCUUGCCAAUGGGGGGGCCGGGAGCCCCUUUGACACCAUCAAGGAGACCAGCUGGCCAGAGGACGAUGAGGUCUUUGUGCCGGAGCUGCUGAGCCCCACCGUCAUGGCCACGUUCAGGCCUGGCAGCGUGGAGGAGCUGUACGAGCUGCUGGAGAAGCUGGGCAGCGGGCACUUCGGGGUGGUGAAGCGCUGCCGGAAGCGGAGCUCGGGGACUUUAUAUGCCGCCAAGUUUGUGAAGGUGCGCAAGUGCAAGGGCAGCCGGCUGGGGCUGGACCGCGAGCAGGUGGAGAGGGAGGUCAGCAUCCUGCAGCAGCUGGAGCACCCCAACAUCCUGCGUUUGUACGACCUCUUCGCCAGCAAGGCCGAGAUGGUGCUGAUCCUGGAGCUGAUCCGCGGUGGGGAGCUCUUUGACUUCAUUGCCGAGAAGGAGAUGCUGAUGGAGGCGGAGGCCAUCGAGUUCCUGCAGCAGAUCCUGCAGGCUGUUGCCUACAUGCAUGGGCGGCACAUUGCCCACUUCGACCUCAAGCCGGAGAAUAUCAUGCUGCUGGAGAAAGAUGUCCCCAACCCGAAAAUCAAGAUAAUCGAUUUUGGUCUGGCCCAAAAGCUGGAAGACGGAGUAACCUUCAAAAGCCUUUGUGGGACUCCGCAGUACGUAGCUCCCGAAGUCAUUAACUAUGAGCCCCUGAGCUCGGCGACAGACAUGUGGAGCAUCGGCGUUAUUACCUAUAUCUUGCUGAGCGGGAUGUCCCCGUUCCAGGGCGAGACGGAUGCCGAGACCCUCUCCAACGUCGUUGCUGGCAACUACGAGUUUGAGGAAAAAUACUUCAGCGAGACCACCGAUAUGGCUAAGGACUUUAUCCAGCAGCUGCUGGUGAAGGAGCCGGGGAGUCGCAUGAGCGCGGCCGAGAGCCUCGUCCACCCAUGGAUCAAGCCCCUGAGCCGGAAGCAGGCCACCAACCGCAGCCGCUCCUCCAUCAACAUAAAGAACUUCCGCAAGUUCAAUGCCCGCAGGAAAUGGAAGCUCUCCUACAACAUGGUGUCUGCCUGCAACCGGCUUGGCCACCUGAAGCUCUUGUGUGGCCAGAGGAAGGAGGAUGAGACCCUGCGCGGCUGCGAGAGCGACCAGGAGGAUGAGAUCACCCGCCCGGUGACACUGUUGCGCCGGCAGAGAAGCAGCUGCUCUUGAGACCUGGCCCCCCAACCACAGACUCCAGCAUGCUCCCACCGCCCCCUCCCCACCCUCUGCAUCAGCUGGGGAGGGGCAGCUGCAGCCCCCAGAGGUGGGGAAGGGGGGACCUGUGCUCACGGCCCUGUGAGAUCAGACACCCCGGCAGCUGGGCUCCAUCCGCCGAGACCCGAACAGCAGGAAGGGGCAUUGACUUUGGUGGGAGGGGGCUGGAAAUGGGAUCCUGCCUCUUCACCCCCCCACCCCCGCCCCAUGUCCCUCUCUAGCCGGACACCCGAGGACGGGGAGUGGGCUGCAGAUGGAGCUGGUGAAAGGGGAACAUGUGUCAGUGGGUGAAGCUCGGGCGAUGCCCGCAGCAUCUUGGCACCCGGUCAUCGUGCCUGUGGGGUGACGUAUUGGGGGGUGGGAGAAGAGAGCCCUGCUAUUAACCCUUUCAUUACCCCAUCCUUAUUCAAACAGAGCCCCCCCCCACCCCUAGCAUUAGGGCCUUUCAGGGUGCAUUUUCUGCACCCCUCUUAUGCUUUCCAAUAGGACCCCCCCUGGUGUGGCUGUUCUGUCUGGCACUCGUGGGGUUAAUUGGAAUCUUCCCCCCCCCAUCCCACUCACUUUCAGACGGUGUGUUCCGGAACUCAUGGGGUUAAUCCAAGUGUACCCCCCCACCCCACACUUGCCCCCAAAGCACUAGGGCCUCUGUUUAUUUCAGCCCUCGUGGGGUUAAUAUGAGUCUCUUUCCAUCCCCUGCACCUCGUUUUCUCCUUCCCACUCCGCUCCGCCUACUGACCCCCAGCAGUACCCUGGGUGGGGAUGGACGGCGGCUCCGCAUGCGAACGGCUGCCACGCGGUGCCAGGUGCCUUUACCCAGCUGUUGAGGGGCACCAGGGAGCCAGCUGGAUGCCCCUUCCCCAGCACCCCACAAACACUUGCACGCUGGCCUAAGGCGCAUGGCGGGCCAGACCCCCUCCCUCCCUGCCGGCUGUCCGGGGAAGAUCUGCCCAGGUCAUUCUCCCUCUGCCUGGUUUAUUUUUAAAGAAAUAAACGUGCCAAGCGUC